CCGUGGCUGGUGGCUCUCAGCUGAUGGCAUGGAACCCACUGUCGUUUCUGUUUCAGGUCCAGAUAUUUGGGAGCUUCAAAACGGGCCUGUACCUCCCCACCAGUGACAUCGACCUGGUGGUGUUCGGGAAGUGGGAGAACCUCCCGCUCUGGACCCUGGAGGAAGCUCUCCGGAAGCACAAGGUGGCCGACGAGGAUUCGGUGAAAGUCCUGGACAAAGCCACCGUGCCUAUCAUCAAGUUAACAGAUUCUUUCACGGAAGUGAAGGUGGACAUCAGCUUUAACGUGCAGAACGGCGUGCGGGCGGCGGACCUGAAAGACUUCACCAAGAAGUACCCCGUGCUGCCGUACCUGGUCUUGGUGCUGAAGCAGUUCCUCCUGCAGAGGGACCUGAACGAAGUGUUCACGGGCGGCAUCGGCUCCUACAGCCUCUUCCUCAUGGCCGUCAGCUUCCUCCAGUUACAUCCCAGGGAAGAUGCUUGCAUCCCCAACACAAACUAUGGUGUUCUCUUAAUAGAGUUUUUUGAAUUAUAUGGACGGCACUUCAAUUAUUUAAAGACUGGCAUCCGGAUAAAGGAUGGGGGCUCAUAUGUGGCCAAAGAUGAAGUUCAGAAGAACAUGCUGGAUGGCUACAGGCCGUCGAUGCUCUACAUCGAGGACCCUUUACAGCCAGGCAAUGACGUCGGGAGGAGCUCGUACGGAGCCAUGCAGGUGAAGCAGGCCUUCGACUACGCCUACGUGGUGCUGAGCCACGCCGUGUCGCCCAUUGCCAAGCACUACCCCAACAACGAGACGGAGAGCAUCCUGGGCAGGAUCAUCAGGGUGACGGACGAGGUCGCCACGUACCGGGACUGGAUCUCCAAGCAGUGGGGCUUGCCGAGCAGGCCCGAGCCCUCGUGCAACGGAAACGGUGUCACCCUGAUGGUGGAGCCCCCGCAGCUGGAGAAAUGUCACAGGGGCCUCUCGGGCGAGAGCGACGCCCUCGGGAAGUGCAGGGGCAAGACCGCGGAGCCGCUCAGCAAGCACUCCUCCAACUCCUCGUCGGGCCCCGUGUCCUCCUCGUCCGCCACCCAGUCCAGCUCCAGCGACGUGGACUCAGACGCCACGCCGUGCAAAACCCCGAAGCAGCUGCUCUGCCGUCCGUCCGCCGGGAGCCGAGUGGGGUCGCAGGAGGUGGCCGCGGAGUCCUCGCCGGCGGGGGGCAAGGUGCAGAGCGCCCCGGCCCCCGCCACACCCAGCAGCGCCAGCAAGUCACAGCACGGACCCGCCCGGCUCUUCCGUUCUUCCAGCAAAGGCUUCCCAGGUACAGCUCCCACCAGCCAUGGUGUCCUGGUGGCAAACAAGCCGCAUCCAGGCAAACCCACUAACCAGUGCUUCCACGGCAAGCGGAGGAAGCACAAGAGGGACGCGCCCCUGGCCGACCUGUGCAGGUAGUCGGCGGUGCCACGGACGCCUGCUGUGCGCAGUGACCUCACGCCCCAACAGUGGCCCGGGGCCUCCUGGGACCCGUUCAGGAGCCGGCGCUGGCCACGUGUUGAUUGAGCAACUGUGUGUUUUCCCGGCUCGUCGC